AUGACGGAUAUGAAUGCGCCGGAAAUAGUCCAGAAGUCUAUGAAUGAAUUAAUAACGUUAAACAAUCCUAAUGGAACCAUAAAAGGCAAAAACAAAAAAUUGACGGAUGCAGAAAAAGCCAUGAAUAGGGUGGAAGAGCCUAAAGAAUAUCGUCCGAAUGUACGUCAUCGACCGAAUGUUCUAAGGUUGAAGGGUUCGGUUUUACCAAGUGUCAUUAUACCAACUAUAAUGGUAACCAUAUUUGCCGCUAUUAUCACAAUUCUCUUUGAAGUAUAUGAAAUUAAAUUAAGUAUACCCAACACAUUUACCCCCAUCAUUGGUAUUGUGGUUGGUCUUUUGCUCUCUUAUAGAACAAACACAGCUUAUGACAGAUUUUGGGAAGGACGAAAACUUUGGUCCACGAUGGUGGUGCAUAUUCGUAAUUUGACACGAAAUAUUUGGGUAGGAGUAAGAGAAGAUAAAAUAAUUAUCGAGGGAGGAAAAGUAUCUUCCAAAGUUGGAAAAUCACAACCAGAAAUAAUUUUGGAAAAGGCAACCGCAAUAAAUUUAUUACUCGGAUUUGCAGUGGCAGUUAAACAUUUUCUUAGAGAGGAAACUGGAACUAAUCAUGCAGAUCUAGAAUAUUUAAUUUCAAAUAUUGGAGGAACUUUAAAAUCAUUUAAACCUUUAGCGGCUAAAGAUGCUAAUACCUCUAAUGCACGUAAAAUUGGAUGGUUUACUAAAAUCUUUCAAAGUAAACUUAAGCCUCAUCAAAGAAAAUUUAAUCCUAGUUCUUUGGAAUGUAACCUUCCUUUGGAAAUUACUCUUUACCUUUCUUCUUAUAUUAAAACUCAGUUAGAUACAAAGAGAAUUGAAAAUCCCCUCAACAAUCAGUUGUACACGUCCCUUAAUGGUUUAUGUGAUUGUUUAUCACACUUUGAAAGAAUUCUUAGAAGUCCUAUUCCCUUGGCUUAUUCCAUCCAUCUUUCUCAAACUGUUUGGGUUUAUUGCCUUACUUUACCUUUUCAGUUAGUUGCUUCCGUUCAUUGGUCCACCAUUGCCGUUGUAUUCUUCUCCUCUUAUAUUUUGUUUGGAUUAGAACGCAUUGAAUUAAAAACCAUUUUAUCUCAUGAACCUCCACGCGUUGAUGAUUGGAUCAACGCCGACGAAAAUCUUCUUGUAAAAGAUAAGGGUAUUACAGCCUCUGAUGCUGCAAAAAAAUCAAUGGAAGAAGUAAGGACUUUACUUGUAGUAAAAGAAGAGAUAGGAGCUGACGGAGAAUAA